CUGCGGGCGCGCGCCUCCUGGCCCGGAGGAAAGUUUUCCUGGAGGAGUUUUGGCGGCGGCAGCGGCGGCGGCGGCGGCGGCGGCAACCGGAGCGGGCCAUGGACGCGCUCAAGUCGGCGGGGCGUGCGCUAAUCCGGAGCCCCAGUCUGGCCAAGCAGAGCUGGGCGGGCGGCCGGCACCGCAAGUUGCCAGAGAACUGGACAGACACUCGGGAGACACUGCUGGAGGGCAUGGUUUUCAGCCUCAAGUACCUUGGUAUGACACUGGUGGAGCGGCCCAAGGGUGAGGAGCUGUCUGCAGCUGCUGUCAAGAGGAUCGUGGCCACAGCCAAGGCCAGCGGGAAGAAGCUGCAGAAGGUGACACUGAAGGUGUCACCCCGGGGGAUCAUCCUGACCGACAGCCUCACUAGCCAGCUCAUUGAGAACGUGUCCAUUUACAGGAUCUCCUACUGCACCGCAGACAAGAUGCAUGACAAGGUGUUUGCAUACAUCGCCCAGAGCCAGCAGAACGAGAGCCUGGAGUGUCACGCCUUCCUCUGCACCAAGCGCAAAGUGGCUCAAGCUGUCACCCUAACUGUAGCCCAAGCCUUCAGAGUUGCCUUUGAGUUUUGGCAGGUGUCCAAGGAAGAGAAAGAAAAGAGGGAGAAAGCCAACCAGGAAGGAGGAGACGUCCCAGGGACCCGAUGUGACGGCACCCCCUCAUUGAAAACCUUGGUUGCCACCGGGAACCUGCUGGAUUUGGAGGAGGUGACUAAGGCCCCGCUGUCCACAGUCAGCGCUAAUACCAACAAGGUGGACGACACACCGCGGCCUCAAGUCUUGGGCAACAACAGUGUCGUCUGGGAGCUGGAUGACGGCCUGGAUGAAGCAUUUUCAAGGCUGGCGCAGUCACGGACAAACCCUCAAGUCCUGGACACUGGACUGUCAGCGCAGGACAUCCACUAUGCACAGUGCUUAUCGCCCACCGACUGGGACAAGCCCGACAGCAGUGGCAUCGAUCAAGAUGACGACGUCUUCACCUUCUGAAGGCCCGAGGCUGGCAGUACACUACUGGCCUAGACAUGUGAUGGACCACAAGCCACCUGCAGCAGGGCAGCCAGCUCCAGGAGCCAUCAUGCAUCUGAGGCCAGUGGCAUCAGAGCCUACAGAUUCAAGUUGCACAGGAAGAGUGGGUAGAAAAAUGCCUGGGGUAUCCAGUUGGUGACUCCUGGUUUAUGCUUGGAAACCAGGUUUGAUUCAGGCGCUCAUGGCGUGUGCAGGGCGCGGCCUGGCCUCUCUCCUGGAGCCAGGACAAUGACCAAAGCGUUGCUUUUUCCUUUUCUCUGAGGCAUCCUCACUCCUGAAGCAGUUAAGAGCCUGUCAUUCUUUGUGUACUGGACGGGACAUGGCUUUCAGGAAAGAUGGGGUCCUCAAGCCCGGGUUCCUCAGGGUUGAGUAGCUGAGGCUCUCAGAGGCAGCCCCUGACCAAAGACACAUUUAACUCUGCACUUUAACUCUCACGGAAUGGCCAUGGUUUGAGGCCCGUGAUGGUGCUGUGGGAGUAGACCUGCCUCCUGCCCUCCCUCCACAAGAGGGCCCCAGUCCCUGACUCGGCCCAUACAGUGCUAGGACCUAGUAUACCAGCUGCCCACAACUCUGAGAGUCACUACAACCAUGGGGAUCACCUCUGUGGCUCCUGAGGACCCCCGGCAGACAAAGCUGGGCCUGCUCUUCUGUUUUGUCUGUCCUUGUAUGUGCUCCAUUCUCUGCCUCUCUAUAAUUCCUGGGAUGAUACCAAAGUCUAGCACUAGGUUGUAGCAGGUUAUUUUGCACCCAUUUUACAGAUAACGAAACUGAGGCGAAACGUGUGUUGGGGAGUGGAGUUGAGAAUAGAACCCAGAUCUGAUACCAAAGCUUCCGUCUGUGCUGCUGCCUCGCAGCCCACGCCUCUUUCUCUUUGGCUUUGUUGUCCUCCCAGGAACCAGAACGCCCCAGCUAUUUUCUGACCAAAAUGUGUUUCAUAACAAACCAUCUGGUGCCUUUCCACACGGCGCUGGCGCAGGCCGCCAUGCCCUGCUAGCUGCUACGCUGCUGACUUGUGGACAGAUGUGUUUUGAAGUCUGUUCAUUCCACGGGUGAAACGGAAUCCUGCUCUAGAAACAUCUCGCUGUCCCUUCCUGACCUGCAGCCCUAGUUGCCCCUCAACUCUUGCUGGUGGUCGGGCGGUCCAGUGUUGAGCUUCCCUUAGUCUUGCCUUUCUCCCUUCGCUGGUCCUGUGGGCUCUGGCAUCCUGAACCUCAGCCAAACCACAAACAUCUUUCCUUCGCAAGCAUCCCCCAGUGGCUGGGCUUGUGAAAGCAGGUCUCAGUAUCCCCAGGAAAAACACACUCUUCCUGUGUGCUGAGUCACAUAUGCCCUGGGGAGGGGACUUGGAGAAUUCUUGCUGGAAUAAAGGUUGGUAGCUCUCUUUCCCCGGCCGGCUCCAGUCCCCCCUGCUCCCAGCCCAGGUGGCCAGGGUCCAGGCGUGAGGGGGACAGCCGUGACGUGGGGUGGUGCUGUAGUCUUGCUGACAGGUUGGCUGCUUCCUGUGUCUGCUGCCGAUGCUGCUGAGUGAAGCUGGAAAGACAGUUCUGAGUAGGAAACAAUAAAUGUUCCUUUCUGAGUAUGCCA